AUUCUCCACUCGCAUCUUCUCCCCUUGCAUGUCCAAACUCCCCUUUUUCAGCUUUUCUAUCCAAAAUUAAUCCUUUUUUUUUUUUUGGGUAAUCCCAUUAUGGCACCUUCCUCUGCAUCUUUCUAUUUAUCAGCAUCUCCUUGCGUGUAGUUACUUGGCCCUCCAUCCAAUCGAUUGUGUGCUUCAAUGGCUUCAGUAUCAACUUCUUGUCUCAGGUUCCAACCUUUACUUUGGCAGUCCAAUAACACCUGCCAGGCAGCGCAGAGGACUAGUUUAAAGUUGGUUUCAGUGAGUUGGGCAAAGAGUGGAUUCCCUUCUUUAAGGGCCACCCGCUUCCGGGUUUCCUGUGCGGCAAAUCCAUUGACAAUGCAGAAAGUUUGUGACAUUGUAAGGAAACAACUGGUUUUAUCUCCCGAGACCCAGCUCACCCCUGAAACCAAGUUCUCUGAACUUGGUGCUGAUUCCCUUGACACGGUGGAGAUAGUGAUGGGGUUAGAGGAAGAAUUUGACAUUAAUGUGGAGGAGGAGAGCUCCCAAAAUAUAACAACAGUCAAGGACGCAGCAGAUUUGAUAGACAAACUGGUUCAAAAGAAAGCAGAAGCCGGAGCCUAAAUUGUGUUAGGAUCAUUAAUUUCGUGGAUUUGUUUUGCUUAAUUAUUUCCUACUUGCUCAGGUAUUCUUUAUUUAGAAAGCUCGCUAGGUUGAUUAGACUUCAAGUUUUGUUUCUUGGUUGCGGAAGUAAUGGAUAAUUAUAAGUGGCUAUGACGCAUAUUGUUGAAGCAGAGGUUACCUAAACUUAGGCCGUAAGUAUCAA